AUGCGCAGCAUGAGGUACGAUGCCCGCGCAGUGGCGCGAAGUUUGCUUCUCAACGACGUGGAUAGGGCGUGGCUGGCGGAGGACCUUGUGUGCGUGCGGUUUGACCAGGGCAGGUACGCGGGGCAGUGCCAGUGGAUGCAGCGGACCAAGGUGUACCUGGAUGCGCCUGUGCUCACAGCGGAGGAAGGCAUGCGGCUGCCAGCCGACACACCCGUGAUUGCACUGCAUCCAAACUACACGCCGAUGUGGAGUGCAACCCUAUCCACCGAUCGCUCAGCUGACAAGGUCUAUCUCAACUUUUACGACGGCGACGACGCGUACCAGACGUGGGAUAACGUUGUGCUGCCUCGCCACCCGUCGCACGACACGUGGGAGGCGCAGCCGGGGUGCUGGGCAUGCAAGGACAUACACGCUGGCCGGUAUAUCCACGGCAACAUGAUUGCAUACCACAGGGGAGGUGAACCCGUGCCAGGUGUCUCAGACCAGGACGACCCCUCCACGGCAGCACCACAACAACAGCAGCAGCAGCGGCAGCAGCGGCAGCAGCAGGUGGAGUCUUCACCGAAACACAGUGAUGCAAAGCCCGAGAUCCGCGCUCGAUCAGGCACGCUGAUGGGUCGGGUGGGCAUGGUGCGGCUCAAUGUCGCCCGCUUCGUCCGCAACUGCUCCACAGCCUCAGGUGCGGACCUUCAUGCACAGCCGGCAGGGACGAGGGAAGGCGGCACGAGCGCUGGCGUGGUCAGGGGUAGUAGUGGUGGACGCGGUGGCGGUGUUGAAGGCGACGACGAUGCAGUGCUGCUGCGACGGCGACUGGCAGAGGAAGAGGCAGCUGCUGCCGAGCUUGAUGGCGGGAAGAUUGUCGUGUACACGAGCGGCGUUGUUGCGCGUGCGGAGGAGCGGGAGACGUGUGCGCGUGUGCUUGCGUUGCUGCGAGACGGGGAGCAUGUUGAAGUUGAAGAGCGCGAUGUCGCUGCGAGCGCGGCGUUUGCGCGGGAACUGCUUGCACGGUGCGGUGUGUGCUGCAGCGUGCCGCAGGUGUUUGUCAAUGGGCGGCACAUUGGCAACGGUGCCACGCUGGAUGCCAUGGCCCAGACAGGCAAGCUGCAAACGCUGCUGUCCACCAUCCCGCGCACAGCGUGAUGUGACAUUGUGAAGGGUGCAGCAGUGCAGCGAGAAGCGUUUGUGGCUUGCUUGUAUCUGUGAUAUUGUUGAUAUGAGCCGCAGAAGAGACCUGCAUCGAGCCUGUGCAUACAGUGCAUGUGUGUUGCGUGUAUUGCGUAUGAUGAACGAUCGAACAUUAUUAUGAG